AUGCCAGGGAUUGUCGUGUUCCGCCGGCGCUGGUCUGUGGGCAGCGAUGACCUGGUUCUGCCAGCCGUCUUCCUCUUCCUCCUUCACACCACCUGGUUUGUGAUUCUCUCGGUGGUGCUCUUCGGGCUGGUGUACAAUCCCAAUGAGACGUGCUCCCUGAACCUGGUGGACCACGGCCGGGGUUACCUGGGAAUCCUGCUGAGCUGCAUGAUCGCCGAGCUGGCCAUCAUCUGGCUCAGCAUGCGCGGGAGCAUCCUGUACACGGAGCCGCGGGAUUCCAUGCAGUACGUCCUCUAUGUGCGACUGGCGAUCCUGGUGAUUGAGUUCGUGUACGCCAUCGUGGGCAUCGUGUGGCUGACACAGUACUACACCUCCUGCAACGACAUCACAGCCAAGAGUGUCACCCUGGGAAUGGUGGUGUGCAACUGGGUGGUGAUCCUGAGUGUGUGCAUCACUGUGCUGUGUGUCUUCGAUCCCACGGGACGCACCUUCGUCAAGCUCCGCGCCACCAAGCGCCGGCAGCGCAACCUAAGGACCUACAACCUCAGACACCGCCUGGAAGAGGGACAAGCCAGCAGCUGGACACGCAGGCUCAAGGUGUUCCUUUGCUGCACACGGACAAAGGACUCCCAGUCGGAUGCCUACUCGGAGAUCGCCUACCUUUUUGCGGAAUUUUUCCGGGACCUGGACAUCGUGCCCUCCGACAUCAUCGCGGGGCUGGUUCUGCUGCGGCAGCGGCAGCGCGCCAAGCGCAACGCCGUGCUGGACGAGGCAAACAAUGACAUUUUAGCUUUCCUGUCUGGAAUGCCAGUGACCAGGAACACCAAAUACCUGGAUCUGAAGAAUGCGCAAGAGAUGCAGCGGUACCGGGAGGUGUGUUACUACAUGCUCUUCGCCUUGGCUGCCUAUGGAUGGCCCAUUUACCUCAUGAGGAAGCCCACAUGUGGACUCUGCCGCCUGGCCAGAUCCUGCUCGUGUUGCUGCCUGUGCCCGUCGCGGCCGCGCUAUGCUCCCGGUGUCACCAUCGAGGAGGACAAUUGCUGUGGCUGCAACGCCAUCGCCAUCCGCCGCCACUUCCUGGACGAGAACAUGACCUCCGUGGACAUCGUCUACACUUCCUGCCACGACGCCGUUUAUGAAACCCCUUUCUACGUGGCUGUGGACCAUGACAAGAAGAAGGUGGUCAUCAGCAUCCGGGGAACUCUGUCCCCAAAAGAUGCCCUGACGGAUCUGACGGGGGACGCGGAGCGCCUGCCAGUUGAGGGGCACCAUGGAACGUGGCUGGGACACAAGGGAAUGGUGCUGUCUGCUGAGUACAUCAAGAAGAAGCUGGAGCAGGAGAUGGUGCUGUCCCAAGCUUUUGGGCGGGAUUUGGGAAGAGGAACAAAACACUAUGGCCUGAUUGUGGUUGGGCAUUCCCUUGGAGCUGGCACAGCUGCCAUCCUGUCCUUCCUGCUGCGUCCCCAGUAUCCAUCCCUGAAGUGCUUUGCUUAUUCCCCCCCAGGUGGGCUGCUCAGUGAGGAUGCCAUGGAGUAUUCCAAGGAGUUUGUGACUGCAGUGGUGCUUGGCAAAGAUCUGGUGCCCAGGAUCGGGCUCUCUCAGCUGGAGGGAUUUCGCCGGCAGCUUCUGGAUGUUCUCCAAAGGAGCACCAAACCAAAGUGGCGGAUCAUUGUGGGGGCUACCAAGUGCAUUCCCAAAUCCGAGCUUCCUGAGGAGCCAGAGGAGAACUCGGUGACGAGCAACCGGCUCUGGACACAUCCCAGUGACCUGACCAUCGCCCUGAGUGCCAGCACCCCCCUGUACCCCCCCGGCCGCAUCAUCCACGUGGUGCACAACCACCCUGCCGAGCAGUGCUGCUGCUGUGAGCAGGAGGAUCCCACCUAUUUUGCCAUCUGGGGGGACAACAAGGCCUUCAACGAGGUGAUCAUCUCCCCGGCCAUGCUGCAUGAACACCUCCCCUACGUGGUCAUGGAAGGGCUCAACAAGGUCUUGGAGAACUACAACAAGGGGAAAACAGCUCUGCUUUCUGCAGCCAAAGUGAUGGUGAGUCCUACAGAAGUGGAUCUCACCCCGGAGCUGAUAUUCCAGAGCCAGCCCUUGCCCAGCUGCCCCACGGUGCAGAUCGGAACGGGAGCCAUCCCAGUGGACAGAAGGAACAGCAGUACCAAGAGCAAAUCCCAUUCGGAAAUCAGCCUGGAGGGAUUCUAUGAGACGAAGCCGCUUUCUCCCGUGCAGAAGGACCCCGUGGAGCUGCUUCUCCUGGACACCAAGGAACGUCUCUCCGUGGAGCUCCAGGACCGCCGUGCCCCUCUGGCCACCAUGGAGAGCCUCUCGGACAACGAAUCCAUCUACAGCUUCGAUUCCCGGCGCUCCUCCGGCUUCCGGAGCAUCCGGGGCUCCCCCAGCCUCCAUGCGGUCAUGGAGAAGGACGAGACGCACUGCUUUUAUAUAGACCCCGUUAUCCCUGAGGAAAACCCUUCCCUCAGCUCCCGGACAGAGCUGCUGGCUGCUGACAGCCUCUCCAAGCAUUCCCAGGAGACGCAGCCCCCGGAAAACGUCCUCAACAGCGGCGGCACCACCCCCCAGCGCCGCUGCAGCGCCGAGGGCACCGGGAGCGACGGGGAGCGCACGUCCUCGUCCCCUCGGGAAGAGCCCCCGCUCCACAACGGCCGCCUGGCCGACGUUCCCAGUCCCCAGGUGCUGGAAUUCGCUGAGUUCAUCGACAGCCUCUUCAACCUGGACAGCAAAAGCAGCUCCUUCCAGGACAUUUACUGCAUGAUGGUGUCGGACAGCUCCAGCGACUUUGCGGAGAUUCCCAAAUCCGUCAGCGACCAGGAGAUCCUGCUGAGGGCACAGUACGAGCCCAACUUAGUCCCAAAGCCCCCGAGGUUGUUUGCGGGCUCGACGGAUCCCUCGUCGGGAAUCUCCGUGUCACCCUCCUUCCCCCUUAGCUCAUCCGGAGAACUCAUGGAUAUCACUCCCACGGGUGUGAGCAGCCAGGAAUGCCUGGCCACGGACAAAAUCCGGACUUCCACCCCUUCCGGACACGUAACCAGCCCUGCCAAGCAGGACGACCUCAUGAUUUCGGCCCUUUAGUGCAGGGGAAAGGGGUGGAAUGAUCCCAGUGGGAUAAUCCAUGGAGGAGGCUGUCAUCGGGCAGUUGGGA